AGGCCUAACUUGGAAUAAAAGGUAAAGUCAAGAGCUUACAGACCAUCUUCUGUGUUUUUAGCCACAAAAUUCUUUAGCAGAAGCAAUGCUAAAGUCACUUUUCACUUACUGGAGAAUUAGCAAGAAUCUUAUGAAUUCACUAAUUAUUACACAGAAAAAGGUGGAAAGAAAUUCACCCUAUGCUGCUGAAUCUGUACUCCAGCAGUUGCAAAGUGACAGGUGGAUCAACGGCCAUAUCCAUAUGAAAUCUAUUUUCACCAUCGAACAAGGUUUCAGAAAUCUGCCUAAUAACGACAGAUAAUCAACUGUUCAUUUGAAUGGAGCAAGUUGUUUGGUAGAUAGAAAACUUUAUUAGGAGAAGAUUGUAGCUUGCUAUGAGGGUUCACAUUCUGAGAAUGUUGUCAGACAAGAAACACAAACCUAUCUAAUAAAAAUUAUCAAACUACAAACAAGGUAAUCAAGAAGCAGCAAUGACAAGUAUGAGGAAGAGCAGAAAUAAUAUCAGGGCUUGGAA